UUCUUAUGUCUACAACUCUUAUUACAUAGGAUAGUUGCUGACAGCAGUCAAAGCCUAGCCUCCCUAAAUCUUGCCUUUGAAGCCUUCGUCAACUAGUGCGCGUUUAUCCCUACAAUGCUUUUGGUGUUAUUUGUGCUGGGUUCGGCGAUACUGAACAGAGGUCACCCCACGCGAACUUCGCCUGUGACAUGGAGCGAAUGGUCGCCAUGCAGCAAGUCUUGUGAUGGUGGUAGAUCCUCGCGGACCAAGAUCUGUCAGAAAGGUGACGUGUGUACACCAGAGUCACUCCAAGGCACCGAAACGCGCGAGUGCGGACUUCAGCCCUGUAAGACGACACAGGAAACUCGAGGUGUCUUCUUCGCUUUAACAAACUUAGACUGUAUCAUUCCGACUGAGAGCUUCAUUAAAGUGCUUGCAGUCACAGGAGCGCAUCAGUGCGCAGCGGAGUGCGUUAAAUUUGAUGCGUGCGCAGCGGUAAAUAUUCGCUCUGCUUUGCCUUUUCACCUUGAUAAAUUGGAAGGGUCGUUUGUUUGUGAACUCGUGGCAAACAAUUCACUGGAAGUUACUAGUGACGCGCCAUUCGAAAGAGAAGCCGCAUGUAGGACUUACAAACGUAUAUACUGAACAAGAAAAGUAAUUGGUUGAGGGAGAAGUGAGAAAGAAGGGCUAUGAAGAAGAGAGAAGAGUUUACUCCUUUCACAAAAUUGUGAUCAACCUGAACUGUCUUGCCAAUUAAUUUCACAACUAAAAAGGUUGCUGAAAUUUCCCUUUAAUGACAGAUCCUGUGUGCAGAAACAUUUGGCACUAAAAGAGAUUUGUAAGGGUCCGUUGUCCUUUCCCACAUCAAUGUGAUAAUCACAGUCCCCAUUUCCCAAUUAUUAAAACCAAAACUAUGUUGUUAGAAUCGAAGAAACGGUUCAAUUUUUUUAUCUCCAUAUUCAUGAGUGAUCUUGAGACCGAAGGAAUCAAUCUUUGUUUCGUAUUUCAAUCAUGUCAAUAGAAAGGCAAUAGCAACACUGAUUAUCUUACCCUGGGUACCAGACUUCUCUCGUCCAGUGACGCUAAGCCAAAAUGCCAGUGACUAGCGAAGCAGGCAUUUUGGCUGAGCGUCACUGGACAAGAGACGUCUGGAGGCUUUGGUACCAAGGGUAUGAUUAUCUUAACCAUAGAAGAAUAAAUGAGCUAUUAUUCAA